CAAAAAUCUUGAAAAGUGAAAACGUCAAUAGCUUAUUAUAGGCCAUUUUGAUCAUUCCAUUUUUUUAUAAUGAUUUAAUAUUAAAAUUAUUGAUUUUUAGCACAAAGGCGUCUGUACAUAAUACAAAGGAGAUAUUAAAUAUUACGUAUAACAUGUAUAUAUAGUGAUAAAAUAUGCCAUAGUAACUAUAAGUUGUGAAUUUUGGUGAUAGUAUUACUAUUAAAGAUAACUCGGUGAAGAGUGCAACGUCGCCAAGCGACUUUAAAAUUUUGUUGGUGAUAAGAUGAUUAAACAAGAGAGCACAGGAAGUACAAUUAUAUUAAGAGCAAUUGGAGUUCUAUGGUGUCUACGUACCCCUAGUUUAGAGAUUAGAUAAAGCAUCAAAGAUGUCUAUAAAAGAAGAAGAGCCUGAUAUAAAAAUUAAAAUUAAAGUCGAGGAUGGUGCUCGUAGCCCUAAAAGGAAGGAUCCCACUUCUUUCUUGCCAGACGAACCAAUGACUUAUGAGAUCAAACAGAAGAAGAAGAAGAAGAAAAAGAAACAUCAAGAGGAUCCAUUUAAAGAUAUAGACGAGAAGGCGCCAGUGACUAUAACCAGAGAUAUCAGUGCCAGUGAGAAUGAAGUAGUUCCCCCUGUGGAUAUAAAGUUAGAUCCAGAGGUUAAUAUUAAGGUUGAGAAUAUUGAGGUGGAGUUAGAUUUUAAUGAUUUUGCUAACAAUGGAAGCUUAAUGGUAGAAGGUCCUCAAAGUGAAGACAGUCAGGAGCCAGAGGUGAAAAUUGAGCAGCAGAACCAUGAAGCGGUGCUGCUGACCUUCGAAAGUAUAAUCAAUGACAAAUCUGUAUUCGGAUACAGUCAGGGUGUGGAAUCUGCACCGUCCCACGUAUGCAAAGUGUGUCAUCUAGUCUUUCAAUCGCCCAAAACCCUACGCAUGCAUCAAAAGAGAAAGCACAAAGUGUUUAGAAAAUAUUUUAAGCAUAUAUGUGAUUACUGUGGAAUGUCCUAUGAAAUGAAGAAUAGUCUAGUCGCGCAUAUUAAAAGGAAACACGGGCCGAAUGCAAUACCUGAUGAUAGCGAGGAGCGGACAUGUGAUGUCUGCGCAUUAGUUUUCAAAGGUAUGACCAGGCUACGGAUGCAUAUGAGAAGGAAACAUGGCUCCUUUGAGGAGUCCUUCAAGCACAUAUGCGAGGAGUGUGGCCUGACCUACGACAAGUACAGAAGUCUAAUAGUACACAUGCAGAGGAAACACUCCACUAUAAAGAAGCCCAUAGUCGAACAGUGGUUCAACUGUCCUUUUUGCCCGAAGAUUUUCAGUAAACGGGAGACUUACGCGCGCCACGUCCAAAGGAAGCACAAAGUGCCGGAUGAGGAUGGCGUCAAAGAAGAAAUGAAGGAGGGAGCAUUAGAAAACUCUAUGAAUGAGAAAACAGGUGAGUUCACUUGCAAAGAGUGCCCUUUAGUUUUCUCUUCAAUUAAUUUCCUCAAACUACAUAUGAGGAGGAAGCACAACGCUUUAAAGGAAGAUUUUAGACUUAAGUGUAGGAUUUGUAAUUUGUCAUACGAUAAAAUUGAGAGCCUGAAAAGGCACGUACGAAGAAAACACGACAAAGGCUCACACUGUGAAGUGUGCAAUAAGCAAUUUGAUACAAGGGAACUCUAUCUGAACCAUUCCCACGUGAAGGCGAUCAAGGAAUGUUCUAUUUGCGGGUUGAUAUUCGCUUCCCAGGGCGGUCUCGCUAAGCAUUUAAGGUGCACGCACAAAUUGGACUUACCCAAGACUGUCUUUUGUAAUAUGUGCAAUGAAGGUUUCCACGAUAAGAGGCAACUCAAACCUCACUUCAUGAAAGUGCACCUGAACGUGUCCUACACUUGUAAAUACUGUAAAAAGGUGUUUAAAGCGAAAGAGAGUUACCGGCGGCACGUGCUGUUCAAGCAUCCAGUGAGCAAUUUGACCCAUAGUCAAAUGCAAAAAUGUGAACAAUGUCCCGCAACAUUCCUCGACGAGUUCGAGUUGUGCCGUCACUUUAACACCGCGCACAGGAUACGGGAUCCCUCUGAGCCGUAUUUCGAUGUGAAAAAGGAGGAAUUAGAUAUAAAAGACCCCUUUCAAUGCACAAAAUGCUCCGAGUCCUAUCCUGCAUGGGAUCAACUGAGGUUGCACUUCGAGCAGAAUCACCAUAUGUCUGAAGAUACACAGUGCCAGAUUUGUGGUGAAAUAUUGCCAACUAGUAAACUGCAGAUGCAUAUAAAGAAUCAGCACACAGACGUCGAAGUUGUUAGAUGUAAGUACUGCCAAUUCACGACCACAAACCGAGCGAGUAUGACCCAGCAUAUGUUGCGGCAUAAAAAUGCGACAACGCUGCACUGUGAUUACUCUGGGUGUCGCUAUAAAACGUACUAUGAAGGUGCUAUGGAGAAGCACAAGCAGAAACACGCCGAUCAGGGUGUCAAGUUGCAAUGCACGAAGUGUCCAUUCCAAACUAUGAACAAGUACAUCCUGAAAUACCAUGAGGAAGCGCAUAUGACGGGAAAGAAGAGGUAUACAUGCGACCAGUGCGACUAUGCCACCAUAUUGCCAGCGAAUUUAGUCCAACAUAAAUAUAAGCAUUCCGCAGAGAAACGAUUCAAGUGCGAGGUGUGUCCGUUCGCGACCAAGUACAACACUUCGUUGCGGUUCCACGUCAAAAAGAAACACUGUGAUCUCCCAACUAUCAGCUGAGCUGUUAAAUGGUUUUGUUUUUUAUUAAAGUAUUUGGUGUUAUA